UUGUGAAUUCAUUAUGAGAGGUAAAAGCUCGCUCGUGCCUAUGGUCAUGUGAUUUCUCGCGCAUAGCCGGCAGCAGUAGAGAAGGAGAAGCAGCGGUCCGGUGCUAUCGACUGCUGACCUGAACAAGUCAAGAUGUCUCUACCAAAGAUCCAGAAUGUCGAAAAAGAGUCAAACCUCGGAUAUGUGUAUGCGGUCUCCGGCCCCGUCGUUACAGCGGAAAAGAUGGCCGGAACUGCCAUGUACGAACUUGUACGUGUGGGUCAUGAAGAGCUGGUUGGCGAAAUCAUCAAGCUUGAUGGUGACAUGGCCACCAUACAAGUCUAUGAAGAGACCUCUGGACUCACUGUUGGUGACCCCGUGUUGCGAACGGGCAAGCCCCUUUCGGUGGAGCUGGGGCCGGGCAUCAUGAACAACAUCUUUGACGGCAUCCAGCGGCCCCUGCGAGAGAUCCAUGCGCUGUUCAAAAGUAUUUACCUGCCCAAGGGGGUGAGCACGCCUGCUCUCAGGCGAGAUAUCCAGUGGGAGUUUAAGCCGACCAACUUCAAGGUUGGCAGCCACGUGACUGGCGGUGACAUUUAUGGCGUUGUCCAAGAAAACACACUAAUGCAACACAAGAUAAUGCUGCCACCCAAGUCAAAGGGCACCAUCACGUACAUCGCUGAACCUGGGAACUAUGCCGUCAAUGACAAGAUCUUGGAAAUUGAAUUUGACGGCGAAAAGAGCAGCUACACAAUGAUGCAAGUGUGGCCCGUGCGUAACAUGCGCCCUGUGACGGAGAAACUGGCUGCCAAUCAUCCGCUGCUCACCGGCCAGAGGGUGCUCGACACCCUGUUCCCGUGUGUCCAGGGAGGCACUACUGCCAUUCCCGGUGCCUUCGGUUGUGGAAAAACAUGCAUCUCACAAGCCCUCUCCAAGUAUUCCAACAGCAAUGUGAUCGUGUACGUCGGCUGUGGAGAGCGUGGCAAUGAAAUGUCUGAAGUACUCAGGGACUUCCCUGAGCUCACUAUUGAAAAGGACGGAAAGCGGGUGUCUAUCAUGGACCGUACAACGCUGGUCGCCAACACAUCAAACAUGCCUGUCGCUGCCCGUGAGGCGUCCAUCUACACAGGCAUUACACUUUCAGAGUACUUCCGUGACAUGGGCAACCAUGUAGCAAUGAUGGCCGACUCCACCUCUCGAUGGGCUGAGGCUCUGAGAGAAAUCUCGGGACGUUUGGCCGAAAUGCCAGCAGAUUCUGGCUACCCUGCCUACCUGGCUGCUCGGUUGGCAUCCUUCUACGAGCGUGCUGGUCGGGUCAAGUGCCUUGGAAACCCCGAGAGAGAAGGCAGUGUCACCAUUGUGGGGGCUGUCUCGCCUCCUGGUGGUGAUUUCUCGGACCCGGUGACAUCUGCGACGCUGGGCAUUGUGCAAGUAUUUUGGGGCUUGGACAAAAAGCUGGCCCAGCGCAAACAUUUCCCAUCUGUCAACUGGCUCAUCUCCUACAGCAAGUACACACGUGCCCUCGACGACUACUACGAGAGGAACUUUCCCGAGUUUGUACAGCUCCGAACAAAGUGCCAGCAGAUCCUACAGGAGGAAGAAGACCUUUCUGAAAUUGUCCAGCUUGUCGGAAAGGCGUCCCUGGCGGAGACUGACAAGAUAACGCUGGAGGUUGCGCGCCUGCUGAAAGACGACUUCCUGCAGCAGAACAGCUACACCCCGUAUGAUCGGUUCUGCCCGUUCUACAAGUCAGUGGGCAUGCUGCGCAACAUAAUUGGCCUGUACGACCUGGCCAAGCAGGCGGUGGAGGCGACUGCCCAGAGCGAGAACCGCAUCACCUGGGCGCUCAUCCGCGAGGCCCUUGGGGACCUCCUCUACCAGCUCAGCAGCAUGAAAUUCAAGGACCCCGCUGUGGACGGUGAGAAGAAAAUCAAGCAGGACUUCGAGGAGCUGUUUGAGAACAUCCAGCAGGCCUUCCGCAACUUGGAAGACUGAAAAAAGAAUGUUUCCUCACCAGCACUGCCAAGAAGGAGCCAAAGAACAGCGUCAAUCGCUUGGCCCCGUUAAAGCUUGUGGUGUUGUUUCCUUCAACCUCAUUCCAAGUAGGCUCGUACUGUAACUGUGUCAGACGGUUUGCGCACAUAUGAGGGAGAGCAGUCUGUGUGUAUUAGAUGUUAGUGGCCUGCCUUAGCAGUGCGGAAGCUGUGAGCAGCAAUACCAUUUUUUUUUUCUUUGCAUUUGAUUCCGGUGCUCGACUGUCUGUGUACAUAUUUUUCUGGAGCGUCCAUUUUUUUUAUCAUUCUUUCCUUUUUUUGUAAAUUAAAGCAAUAUUUUUCUGCUUUUAUCAUAUCAAUUUUGUUACCUCAUUUAAUGAAGUGGGCUUUGGGGAUGGCACUGGAUUUGAAAGUGAUAUAUCUGGAUUCUUCCGUUUAUUCUCAAUUUUUUUUUUUUGGUGUCUCUGAUAAUGGAAGUGUCAACAAUAAAAUCUAU